AUGGGAAAUCGCCAGUUCGGCUUCAUGCUAUCCGGUGGACUCGACUCUUCUCUGAUAGCCUCUAUCGCAACCAAGUUUCUUGCUAAGAAACCAAUUGCCUUUUCGGUCGGUUUCGAAGACUCGCCGGAUCUUGAAAGUGCUAGAACAGUGGCCGAAUAUCUGAAGAUUCCACAUGAAGUGCUAGUGAUUACACCGGAGGAGUGUCUUAGAGUUGUACCUGAAGUAAUCUACGCUUUGGAGACGUUCGACCCACUUAUCGUACGUUGUGGUAUCGCCCACUAUCUUCUUUGUAAGCACAUCGCAAAGACAUCCGAUGUCAAGGUACUCUUGUCAGGUGCGUUCUUUCUACUGACCUAA